GGGGCGGGAUAUUCAAAUGGGCGUCACCUUUCCGACCUUUUCGGUGAUAAAGCAGCAGCAAAUGUUGUAAUCGAGCAGAUAAGGAGGGUAUGUUAUCUGCGAUGCGAGCGGAUCUUUCGAAUUGGAAGGACAAGUGCAAGAACAUUUGUUGUCGGAGACGCGGCGAUGGAUGAGACAGCAACAGCAACAGCGGCAAUGGCAGUCGGACAGCUCAGGAACUUUGCAAAGGCGGGAAGGAAGAUCGCCGGCGCCGGAAUGAAUUACAAGGCGUUGCUUCCCAUUCUGAAGGUGGAUGCGCCGAAGGAGCCGGUGAUCUUCCUGAAACCGUCGACCUCUUACAUCACCGAAGGACAGCGCAUCGUGAUUCCGAAGGGAUUCGCGGUGAACGAGGAGAUCGAGCUGGGCGUGGUUAUCGGAAAGGGCGGGAAGAACAUCGAGGUGGGUGCGGCCAUGGACCACGUGGGCGGUUACUGCGUCGCCCUGGAUAUGACCGCAACCUCUGAACUGACGACCGCACGGAGCGCCGGACUGCCGUGGUGCAUCGGCAAAGGAUUCGACACUGCCUGUCCAGUGAGCAGGUUCAUCGAAAAGUCAGAGAUUACGGAUCCGCACAAGGUGCAGCUGUGGUGCACGGUAAACGGGCAACCCAAGCAGAAGGGCAACACCGACGAUCUCAUCUUCGACGUGCCGCAGCUCAUCAGCUUCGUAUCACGUUACAUGACUCUGGAGCCGAACGACCUCAUCCUCACCGGAUCACCGCCUGGCAUGGGACCAGUCCACCCAGGCGACACGAUCGAGGGCGGCAUCGAGGGAUUGCUCUCCGUAAAGUUCGCGGUAACAAGUGAAUAACGUUUAUUCUCUAAAAUCUGUUGUAAAAUAAUAAAAAAAAAAUUAACUGGAAUUGGAACAAAUAUACACUUCUCUCUCUCUAUA